AUGUCUUAAUAAUCAAAUUAAUUAAGAAGCAAUUUAGAAAUAGAUUCUAUUUAAAAAAUCUAGAGUUAAGAAAAUCAUUCUUAACUUGAAAUAAAUACAAAAGAUUAGAAUUAAAUAGGAUAAGAACAAUUUAAAAACCUUUAAGAAAUUGAAUCAAGUAUGAAUCAAUAAAUAUACAAAAAUAAUGAAUUUAAAAAUUAUCUAUCCUCAUUGUGUGAUGAGAUAUAUUAACUAAUUUAACAGUUUUGGAUAAUCAUUUGUGAAUAGUAUCUUCAAUAUUUUAAUAUAUAACAAGCUGAAUUAUCAAAUGAAGAACUUACUUUUCCUAAUUUGAAAUUUGAAAAUAAACUCGAUGAAAUUUAAGAUAAUAUGAAAACUAUAAGUGAUAAAUAUAUUAAGGAACUUAAAAAGUUAAUUGAAUUGGCAUAAUCUAAUAAGGAAUAAAUUUUUGAUAUAAUUUAUUCACAAUCAUUAUAAUCAUGUAAAAGUUUAAAAGUUGAUUAUUAAAAUCAGAGAAAUGAAAAUAAUGAAAGAGAUCAUCAAAAAGAUGGAUAAUAAUAAUAAUAAACUAAUAAUAAUGAAGUAGAAUAAAAUAUAUUUUCUAAUUAAAAUUCUUAUUUUAUAAAUUAGAUAUAAGAAGAAAUAAAUUAAGUUAACUAAUUAAUAGAAAAAGGUUAUAAAAUAAAUUUAAUUUUAGCUGAAUUGUUACAGAAGGAAGGAAAGUUUAAAGAAUCAAUCAAUUAUUAUGAUAAUGUUUUGAAAAUUAAUGAGAAAAAAAAUAUUAUUUGUUGGAGAGGGAAGGGGGAUUGCUUAAGAAAAUUAAAAUGUUUUACUGAUGCAAUUUAAUGUUAUGACAAGGCUUUAAAUAUAUAAAAAAAUGAUAUAUCAUCAUUGAUAGGAAAAGGUAGAGACAAAUAAUUACAAUAGGUGAAUGCUUAACAAUGUUAGAGAAAUAUUAAGAAUCAAAAUUAGUGUAUCAAGAAGUUCUUAAAUAUGAUGAUAAAAAUUUAGCAUCACGUUUUGGGCUAGGUAUAUAUUAUUUUAAAUUUGAGGUGAAUGCUUAAGACUUUAAGGAUCCUUUAAAGAAGCAAUAGAAUAAUAUGAUAUAGCAUUGAAAAUGGAUGAAAAAAAUGUGGCUUGUAUUUAAGGAAAAGGUAUUCUAUAAAAUGAUUAUUCUUAAGGAUAUUGCUUUUAAAAAAUAACAAAAUUUAACAAAGUAUACAACAUACAUGUGAUUAUAAAUUAGCAGAUGAAUGUUUUCUCUAAAUUCUAAAAAUUGAUCCUUAAAAUCAAAUAGCAAAGAAAGAACAUGGUUUUAAAAUUUAUUAAAAUUUUUAGAAUAGUGUGUAAAAUAAUUGAAUAAAACGUAAUUAUCUAAGAAUANAUCUUCAAUAUUUUAAUAUAUAACAAGCUGAAUUAUCAAAUGAAGAACUUACUUUUCCUAAUUUGAAAUUUGAAAAUAAACUCGAUGAAAUUUAAGAUAAUAUGAAAACUAUAAGUGAUAAAUAUAUUAAGGAACUUAAAAAGUUAAUUGAAUUGGCAUAAUCUAAUAAGGAAUAAAUUUUUGAUAUAAUUUAUUCACAAUCAUUAUAAUCAUGUAAAAGUUUAAAAGUUGAUUAUUAAAAUCAGAGAAAUGAAAAUAAUGAAAGAGAUCAUCAAAAAGAUGGAUAAUAAUAAUAAUAAACUAAUAAUAAUGAAGUAGAAUAAAAUAUAUUUUCUAAUUAAAAUUCUUAUUUUAUAAAUUAGAUAUAAGAAGAAAUAAAUUAAGUUAACUAAUUAAUAGAAAAAGGUUAUAAAAUAAAUUUAAUUUUAGCUGAAUUGUUACAGAAGGAAGGAAAGUUUAAAGAAUCAAUCAAUUAUUAUGAUAAUGUUUUGAAAAUUAAUGAGAAAAAAAAUAUUAUUUGUUGGAGAGGGAAGGGGGAUUGCUUAAGAAAAUUAAAAUGUUUUACUGAUGCAAUUUAAUGUUAUGACAAGGCUUUAAAUAUAUAAAAAAAUGAUAUAUCAUCAUUGAUAGGAAAAGGUAGAGACAAAUAAUUACAAUAGGUGAAUGCUUAACAAUGUUAGAGAAAUAUUAAGAAUCAAAAUUAGUGUAUCAAGAAGUUCUUAAAUAUGAUGAUAAAAAUUUAGCAUCACGUUUUGGGCUAGGUAUAUAUUAUUUUAAAUUUGAGGUGAAUGCUUAAGACUUUAAGGAUCCUUUAAAGAAGCAAUAGAAUAAUAUGAUAUAGCAUUGAAAAUGGAUGAAAAAAAUGUGGCUUGUAUUUAAGGAAAAGGUAUUCUAUAAAAUGAUUAUUCUUAAGGAUAUUGCUUUUAAAAAAUAACAAAAUUUAACAAAGUAUACAACAUACAUGUGAUUAUAAAUUAGCAGAUGAAUGUUUUCUCUAAAUUCUAAAAAUUGAUCCUUAAAAUCAAAUAGCAAAGAAAGAACAUGGUUUUAAAAUUUAUUAAAAUUUUUAGAAUAGUGUGUAAAAUAAUUGAAUAAAACGUAAUUAUCUAAGAAUACUUAGAUAAAAAUUAAUAUCUUAGAGGAAAACUAAAAAAUUUUUUAUACUGAAGAUUUAUCCAAUAGAGGUAAUAAAAAACGUUAAAUUAGGCUAACAAAAAAUACCUCAUAUUAAAUAAUUAAAAUAAUCAAAUACUUAAUAGGAAUAGUAGAUCAUAAAUUUUAAUGCAUAUAAAUCUUAAUCAGUGAUGCCAAAUCCAAUUUAAAUCCAUGUUCUUACACGUUCUGAAUCAUUUGAUAAUAGAAAUGUAAUUGAAACUAUCAAUUAAGGUACUUAAGAUUAAUAAUUACUAGCGGAUGAUUUAAAAAAGUAAGGAAAAUACUAAGAUGCAUUAAAAUUGUAUGAAAAAGUAUUAGAAAAAGAUCCAAAUCAUAUUCCAUCCUUAAAUGGAAAAGGAAAUUGCUUAAGAUUAAUGCUUAGAUUUUAAGAUUCCAUUACAUUUUUGGAUAGAGCUUUAGCAUUAAAUAAAAAUAGUACUUCCCUUUAUGGAAAAGGUUUUUUUUUAAAUAUUGUAAUAGGAGAAUCCUUAAGAAUGAUAAACUAUUUUGAAGAAGCAAAUAAAUGCUAUUUAGAAUCUUUGAGAAUGUGUUAAGAAGAAUCAAAGAAUUAAGAUCCUCUUAUAUAUAUGAAUUUAAGAGGAUUAGGUUAAUUAUUUUUUUUAAAUUAGGUGAUAUAUUAAGAGUAAAGGCAGACUUUGAGAAAUCUAUAUAAUUAUAUGAUGAAGCCUUAUAAAUGAAUGAGGAUCAUGUUUUAUCUUUAUUUGGAAAAGGUGUAAUUUUUUUUGAUUUUUAGCUGAAAGCUUAAGAGGUCUAGCGAAAUAUGAAGAAUCCAUUAUUUUUUAUAAAAGAUCCUUAUCCCUAAACUAGAAUCAUCUUAUGUCUUUAUCAGGAUUAGGUUUAUAUUUUAUUUAACAAAUAUUAGGAGAAAGCUUACGAAUAUUAAAAUAUUAUCAAGAAGCUUAAAAAUAUCAUGAAAAAGCACUUGAAAUUGAUAACGAUAGAAUUGUUAAUUUGCGAGGUUUAAGUAAAAAUAAAAAUCUUUACAUGAGGUGAAUGUCUAAGACAUCAAAAUAACUCUUAAAAAGCCUUAGAUUAUAUUGAAAAAGCUUUAAAGAUAAAUUCUAGUGAUGAGAAGUGUUUAAAUUCGAGAAGUUUUAUUUUUAUUAGAUUUGUUUAGGUGCUAUACUAAAAGAUUUAGAAAAGCAGAAAGCAACUUUGA